CCCGAUUUCCAAGUUUCCUCCGACACCGUACAGUGUCGUUGUGGCCAUGGCGCUUGCGAAGUCAAAACCUCAUGGAGUGGCAAGAACUUCUAUGCCUGCCCCGGUGACCAAUGCCCUUUUGACGGAGCAAAGCCACCGGAGAUUCCUCCCGAGUUCCAUAGCUAUGUUCGCAACGCACUCCGGGACGUCGCGGUUUAAAAACGCUUCAACCUUCUUCAUCUCCUGAAAGUAAUAGAAACAAUAACAACAACAAUCAAUUGCUACUACUAGCUAGCAAUGCAGAUUCCACGGAACAAAACGACGAUAGAUAAAAAUGAGAAUGUUGACCUAAGAGGAAAAACAGAGGUUCAACUUGUGAGUGAAAUAAGGGAUGGAAAACGAAGAGUCGUUUUAAUUUUUAAUUGUUUUGGUUCAUGAAAUAGGGUUUCUCUCACUAACUGGGGCACCGGCGGAGUGCGCGCGUCUUAUUUUCCUUUUCUAUCUUUCCCUUCCCCUCGCAACGUCUUUUUCCUUUUCCAUCACUCUCACCCUUCAAUCUCUCUCUCACGCCGCGCCCUUUCUUCUAUCUCCCUAAGCCGCGCCUCCCUCGCUGCUCCGCUCUUCUUCUCCCUCACCCACCGGCUCUUCUCCCGCAAGUUCAGAUCUCCCAGCGGCAGAAAGCAGCGAUGGAGAACCACCAGGAGGAGGAGAACGGCGCGGCGAACGAAGCUGUGGCGCCGAAGGAGAAGCGAAAGGGGAAGCACGACAAGCCCAAGCCAUGGGACGACGACCCCAACAUCGACCACUGGAAAAUCGACAAGUUCGACCCUUCCUGGAACGAAGGCGGCAUGCUCGAAGUAAGCUCCUUCUCCACUCUCUUCCCUCAGUACCGCGAAAAGUACCUCCAAGAAGCAUGGCCAAUGGUCAAAUCCUCUCUCAAACAAUUCGGCGUCGCGUGCGAACUCAAUUUGGUCGAGGGUUCCAUGACCGUUUCAACCACCAGAAAGACUAGGGAUCCCUAUAUCAUCAUCAAAGCUAGGGAUCUCAUCAAGCUUUUGUCACGGAGUGUUCCUGCUCCUCAGGCGAUAAAAAUACUCGACGAUGAAAUACAAUGUGACAUUAUCAAAAUCAGCGGCAUGGUUCGCAAUAAG